AAUGAGCCUAACUUACGGAUUAUUUGCCACUGAAUAAACGCAGAACUUGUUUGGGAAAUAGAAUGGUACUUUUAAUCUAAAUAAAAUUAAAUUUAUGAAUUCUUGUCUUUGCAUUAUUUCGGUGUUUGAUUUAUUGUCUAUGUGUUUUUUACGUUUUUUUUAGCGUUUCUGAUUAAUCGAUCAUGUUCCUUUACUUAAUACUUGCAAUCUAUUUACAUUUUAAAAAUUAUUUCUUGCAAAAGAGUUACUACAUUUCUUUGAUCAUUUCCUGCAAAUUAGUUACAUUCCUCUUCCCAAAUUCUUGCAAAUGAGUUGCACUUCUUCAAUUCGUUCUGGACAGCUCAUUAUUUUCAAAAAUCUUAUUUCUAAAAAUAUUAAUCUUUUCUUCGUUCCUCCCUUACAGAUUCCUCCGCACACCCUUCCUUACCCACAGCCAUUCACGUCCAUGAUUAGGUUGUGCGAGUGGUUUACCCGGAUCAUCGCCGACAACAGGCCACCAAGAGGUCGCCGAGUGACCUGUUAGAGGACAGAAUGCGCCACAAUCAAUCCCCGAAUGAAAAGAGUCAUAGAUGAAUUCCAGAGCCAAGGCUAGCGAGACAGUCGAUGCGGGAGACCUGUGAUCCAACCAGCCUUCAAUGUCACCCAGCUCGGGUCCUUCCCUGAACCUUAGAGUGCCGCCCUUGCCCUCGUGAGUGCCACCCUGGAUCUCUAUCCGACCUCUGAACCCUCGUGAGUCCUCGAAAAUAUCCGUGAGUCUUUGUGAACCCUUGUGAAUCCCUGUGAACUCUCGCAAAUCCUCGCGAACCCUCGCCGAUCUUCGUGCGCCCACCCAAAUCCUGGCGAACCCUCGCAAAGUCUCGCGUUUCCUCGUGAAUUCUCAUGAACCUACGCGCAGCCACGUGAAUCCCUGCCGGUUCCUCGCCGCUUGACGUUCGCGAAAUCAAAAGGAUGACCCGCUGAGGAUGGCUUCGUGACCCUGCGAGGUCGGAUGAUCCGGAAAAGAAGAUGAGUCCGACGCCUGCGGAGGAGGACACAUCGGAGGAGCAACAGCCAGCGCGCCAGACGGUUUGUGAGACCCUCCGCCACGCAGCUAAUUGGAAGUGCUUCAUACUCACUUUACUCAUCGUGUUCUGUCUCGCCGCCAUCACCUGGUGCAGGCUGACUCAGGUGACCAAAACGAUCGUGAACUUCUCAACGUUCCCCAUAACGAGAAAACGACACCUCAGCCCAUGUGAGGACGGCUACUUGUACAUACCUGUGGCCUUUUUGGCGAUGCUCUACCUCGUCUACCUGGUCGAGUGCUUCCACUGCCCCACUAGAACACAGAUAACCCACACCACGCCCGCCGCCCACGUUUUAGCAAUGAUUGAGGCCAUGAGGACUGCCCAGCCAGUUAUAUGGUGGAAAGCCAUGUGUUACCACUACGUACGAAGAUCCAGACACGUAACACGGUACCGUAACGGGGACGCUUAUACGAGUACGCAGGUGUACUACGAGCGCGUCAACUCCCACGCCGCGGGCACCUGCUUCCACUUUUCCAACUGCGGCGUCAAAGAUAUUUCCAAGAAGCUGGUCCACCUGUCGAGAUUCUCCUGCACCAAAAUAAGAUUUUCGAAAGGAUUUGCGUUUGCCAAUUUAGAGACAGCUAAUGAGUUUGAGGAACAAAGAUCUCGCUUCUUCCAGGAGAACGAGCGCCGCGACGACUACAUGGAGAUGCGUGAGGGCCUGGACCUGACCAACGUCAACUUCCGCGAGUUCGUGAUCGCGCGGCGGGACACGAAGCGGCUGCCGUGGUACACGCGCCACUCCGUGUUCUGGGUCGCGUCGCUGCUGCUCCUGUCGUGGCCGCUGAGGCUGAUCGUGGAGUACAACACGGCGUAUGUGCACUACCAGGUGACCAAGCUCUUCGGGGUGAACUACACGACGCCCGUGAGCGGCGGCCGCGCGUCCCGCGGGUCGGCGGCGACUGACAGCCACGACCUAGAGGUUACCAUUGCCAACAACUGUACCGUGGUUCCCUCCUACAGCGAGGCACUCCUCAUGGACAUAGGCGGACCCGCGUCGCUCACGCCCGCCGUCGACGCCAACGGCAAUAUCCAGAACGGAGGGAGCCUCCCGGCGGCGCCGUCCUCCGCCAGCGUCGGCUCGGAGCUGGCGCCGUCGUCCAUAGAGGCAGCGGCAUCGCGCACGUCCCUGCACAACGGCUACGUCCUGUACCAUUCCAGGGGCGUCGCCGCACCACGCCCACAGAGGCCCCGCCCACCUACGACGACGCGCUGCGGGUGUCAGCUCCCCUCCUGGGCACAAUGUCCCCCUCUCCGCUGCGACGCUCACACACAGAACGGGACAUCCCCUCUACCCCGCGCCUGGCACUCCCCCGGCACUCGUGCCACUACGACCUGGAGACGCAGCUAUGACACUUGACUGGACCCCUCGGGGCGCCCGUGGCACUGUGACAUGGAAACGCAGCUAUGACCCCCCCGCUGCCCCCAGCCCCACCCGACGACCCUCUCGGAUACUCGACACGGCGAAGGAAUACCCGAGGCUGUCUGAGGCAGAGAGGGAGACAACGAAUUUCACUGGACGGCAACGCACUGCUUCUAGGGAGUUUGUCUAAGGUGUUUGCGCUCGAAUUUUCAAAAAAGGAGUACAGUUUAAAAAGAAAUUUGUGCUAAAGAGCAUACAGACUUGAUCAGUGAUAAAUUUAGCACAAAAAGUGGUUCACGUGAUCCACGCGUUCGCACAUUUUAGAAUUUAAGAGCAGGAACUGUUGGGCUUUUCAUGUGACAUAGACGCUUUGUCUGGGUAUUUUUUUCUGAUUUGGAAAUUGAGAUCUUGUUGCCACAGCGACUCAGUGUCCCGGAGUGAUUUUCCCCCGAGUUUACCGAUUCUGACAUAAACAGUUUUAAGACUUGGUAUAUUUCAGUAGAGGACAAAACAAUGACUAUAAAUCUAUAUCUCUUUCACACAGUGUCUGCUUCCCUGAAUUAUUCUAAACGCCUCUUUUCCUUAUUUCUUUUUAUAUCCUCUACUGAAGACUAUCUAGAUAUUGAGUCGACAGGUCACAGCCGCUCCCCAGCUGUGUCUCGAAAUCAAAGCUACACACGAAAACCAAAACUCAGUGAGCCUUGGAUGAGCUCCGUUUCAAUGCUGGUGAGCUCCAGGACCCAGCUUUAAGGAGAUAUUGUUAGUUCCUUGGAAUCCCCAAAGGAAAUGUUUGUAAGUAAAUAGUCAAAUAAAAUGUUGUUAGAGAUAUUAAGCUUUAAGGCGUGUUAAGCCACAAUGAAGGGCUACUUCGUUCGCCACGUUAGGCAACUGUUAUGGUUAAUACGAUGUACAAAAGCUAUCAUGAAUAGCUAAACUGUAUAUAGAUAUUGCCGAGUGUUCAUUUAUAUAUGACAUUUUAGGUCACAGUGAAGUACAGUAUUUACUUUUAGAGGAAUAGCUUCAGCAGACUCUGUCACUGUCAAAAGAAAAUAACUGUCAUACCUUUCUAAGAAAAAAACGAUAUUUUAUUUCUUUAUCAAGGUUAUAUAUUGUUAUACAGGAGUUAGGCGAACUGGUAGUUUUUCAGAGAGAAACCACCUCAUUCAGCCGGCAUCGUCGAAAAUGGCCUCCAUUACCUCAAAAGUUGUUCGUAUUCCAAGAUUAUUACAACUUGUUUGAUAAUUUUGCAGGAGAAAAACAUCUGUUUCCGCGGUUGGUGCGCUUGUCAACACUUCCACUCAUAUUUUUCUACACUUUGUAGUCUGUAGUCUGUAAGAUUGAUAUACUCGAUACUGAUUAUUUUAGCUCAACAUGAACGGUGUUGUUUAGUUUGGAUCCAGAUCUAUUUAUUUUCACAAAUGUAUUUAUAAUACUGGCUUGACAUUCCCUAGAUCCCCUGCCUGUUUCCAACCUCCCCCUUUGCGCCUCCCCCUCAUAGAAACCUGGCCCCCCUCCCGUUUCCCAUUUUCCUCAGUUCUCCCCACACGGCAAGGGAAGCAAAGAAAACGGAGGCCUAACGUGAACUGUGCCCAUGGAGUUUGUUGCCAGUUCGACCCAUAGAGAUGUCCACCUAUACCCAUGGUCCCCGCAACCUUUAGUGCUGUCAGCGUCAUGUAGCCAGAGUAAAAGACAAAAAAUGGAAGAUAAUACGCAUCGUAAGCAUCUGUAACCUUGUCUGUAUUGUUCUUCGAGUAAAGAGAAGCGACUAACUUCGCGUGACUGCGGUUGGUGCUGUGCUGUGUACCUAACAUAGAAGCUUCCGCCUGCUA